AUGUCGGAAGAAAUGGGGAGUAGGGUUCCAGUUCAGCACUAUGACUUGAGAUCGCCUCCUACUGCCAAUUCAUUCAUCGGCAGCUCUCUUCACGACCUGAAUACCGUCGAUUCUCGACCGCCGGCUAGUAUUGAAGGCAUAACCGAAGCCGAUCCCCACCCUUCUUCCUCUGAUACUGGCCUCAACGGCGACCACGACUCUCCUGACCCUGCUGUUGACUGCAUCCAUGAGUCUUACAGAAGCUCUUUGCCACUUCAUGGUGUCGGGGUUGAAGAGGACCGCUCUAGCGUCGAGAAUAGUGGGUCUUCAAGGGUUCCAUACAAUUUGAUAAACAUCGAAGAUGUUACACCUAUUGAAUCUGCAAGGGCUAGACUUUUGCAAAUUGUUGUGGAUUACUUCAUUAGCGAUCACUUGAUUGAGGUGACGGAUAAUGGCAGUAGUGAGUAUUCUGGUCAUCCUGGACAAGAUAGUUUGAGCAAAAGGAAGUCUGGAGAUGUUAGAUAUGAAGGGGAUCCGAGGUUUGCUUUGCCCUUGAUGUACGUCGCCAAUUUGUAUGAGACGCUAGUGAAUGAUGUAAAUAUUAGGCUGGCUUCCUUGAAUUCUAUUCGUGAUAAGACCAUUGGGAUAGCUCUUGAAGCAGCCGGUGGUUUGUACAGAAAAUUGGCCAAAAAGUUCCCCAAGAAAGGUUCUUGUAUGUUUAAAAGACGAGAACUGGCAACUUCUGUGGAGACAAGGACGAGAUUUCCUGAGUUGGUGAUCCAAGAAGAGAAAAGAGUGCGUUUUGUCGUGGUCAAUGGUUUGGAUAUCAUUGAGAAGCCGACGAAUCUGCCUAGAGAAGAUGCAGAGUGGUUCAAGAGACUUACUGGUCGGAGUGAAGUUUCUGUAUCUGCUCAAGACUAUAAAUAUUACUCUCCAAGGCACAAGUACAGGCGUAUUUUAUCUAAUGUUCCUGGAUUACAGGCUAUCCAUGGGACAGAUAGUUCAUCUGCAAUGUCUGCUGAUCAAGGAUUCCGCUCACCACAUGGCCACGAGCAGACUCCUCCGAAGCAUAAUGCACAACCGUUGCCAAACCAGCCACAUUUUCAUCCAGUUCUUCAAGCACAUCAGAGCCAACAUACUCCACACUUCUCCCAAAGUCAUCAAUGUGGACCUCCUGCUCAAAUGCCAGAGAUGCCACAUGCCCACCAAUCGCCUACCAUUUCUCAACACAUGUCUUAUUUACAACCUCUUGCAGGAAGCCACCUCACAGGGCGUUUGCAUUUAAUGCCUAGUAGCCCUGCGAAGUUCUGCGAUGAAUGUGGUGCUCCUUAUUUGAGAGAAACGUCAAAGUUCUGCUCUGAAUGUGGCACAAAGAGGCUGGGAACAUGA